UUUUGAUUUAAAAAAUGAAUAUAUUAUUUUAAACUUGUUUUUUAAUUCAAUAGAUCUCUUCUAAUUUUGAUAUAGAUCUAGAUCUAGAUUUUAGAUUGUUCCUUUAAAAAAUCCUUUUGAUGAUAUUCAGUAGAGUUCAGAGUGCGAAGCCGAAACUCUAAGAAGUAACAUGUCUGAAGUUACAGAUAUAACUGUUCAUCGCCCCGCUGGGCCAAAGCCGACAAAGGAUACAAAACAAAAUGGAAUAGUUACAGCAUAUUUAGUGGCUUACAACGUAAGCCAGAUGCUAGGAUGGACAGUUAUGAUGAUUAUCAUGGUGAGUCAUAUCUUCAAAACUCACAGUUAUCUCCUCCUGUAUGAGGAUGUGGAGAGAAUUCUUCAGAUUUGUCAAACUGCUGCCAUUCUUGAGAUAGUGCACAGUAUGACAGGUUUAGUCCGAUCUAAUUGGAUUCUUACAGCAUUUCAAGUUUAUUCCCGUGUCUUCCUGAUCUGGGGCAUUAUAUGGAGUGUUCCUAGCACUCAAAAUGGUUUACCGGUGGCUUUGUGGUUGUUUGCUUGGACCAUCACAGAAAUCAUCCGAUAUACAUUUUACUUUUUCAGCCUUCUACCUGGUCCUGUCCCAAGUUUUUUAGUUUGGUGCCGAUAUACGUUCUUCAUCAUCCUGUACCCUAUUGGAGUAACUGGUGAAUUGAUGUCCAUCUUCGCUGCUAUUCCUGUGGUCAGGGACUCCAAGAUGUACAGCUUUGAGCUGCCAAACAAAUGGAACUUUGCCUUCAACUAUUACUAUUACCUGUGUUUCAUUGUCAUAUCCUAUGUGCCAGUGUUUCCACAGUUGUACAUCCACAUGUUUAAUCAGAGAAAUAAAGUUUUGGCAGGAGCUUUUGAUAGACACAGACAGAAGGCAGAAUAAAAGUUUUAACUAGAUAGUUUUCACAUUGAUAACUUAAUCAGGUUGAUUUUUGUGUUUUUAUGGGUUUUACAAUAGUUCAGUUUUAAGGUUUUAAAUUUAAUGAAUUUUUUAGAGGAAUUGUAUAAGGGAAAAUAGUUAAGAGACAUUCCAUAAUGCCAGUACAUAGAUCUACAAGCUGAGGUAUAGCUGGGAGAUUUUUACAUGUAUGCACUUAUGUUUGUGUGUAUGUAGCCAAUUUGUUUUGUUGACAUACGUAGUUGAAGAGGAAUAGUGAAAUUGUUCAAGCCAGGGGAAUGCAGGCAGAAGAGUUACAUUAUGGUUCAAGUGAUACCGGUAUGUUUGUUUCCGUCAGAUGUGUUUCUUUCAAUGCAACUGUUUAAGAUUCAAAUUUGUCCCUCUGUUGUCUGUUAGUUUAGCAAUCAGCUAACAUUUCUGGGUUAGACUAAAAAGACUUAAACUCUUUGUCACUGCUGGCUGUCAUUGAUUACAUAUGAAAGUGUAUUCAACAUUCUGAUUCUAAAUGCAUGACGCGUAGGAUGUAAUCAUCUUCUUUUUUGAAGUAACGUCUGUAUUAUAUAAGAUAAGAUUGGAGUCUGCUAGCUAUUUUGUAAACAUGACUUCUGAUUGGUGCUUUGAAUGUUAAUAAGGAUUAAUGCUUGUAUUAUAUACACUAGUGCUGCAUGGGAGACUGAGGGUGAGCAUUUUACAAACAAGUUUGUGUUUAUGUAGAACACUCUUAAUUAUAUCUCCACGGGUCACAAUAUGCUAGACCAUCACAAACUUAAAGCUGUGGUAUCACUUAACAGAGAACAAUUGUUAAGUAAAUAAAACCUUUCUUUUAAGUUUAUCUAUUUCUGGGUUGGGAUGAUGCCUUAAUUGUCACUAGAAUUAUUGACAUCACACUAUGAACAUGUCAUAUCAAAAACCUGUGUCUGUUCUGAUCUUGUAUGUCUCAGACCAAAAUAUAAGUAAUCAUUCAAUGUAAUGAGUUAUCAGAAUUAUUUUUUUCUCUGUUUGGUGAAACAAACUUAAACAAAAGUUUUUAAUUAUCAAUCUGUUUUUGCUUCAUGAGAUCACUAAAUAAAUCACUAGUUUUGAGAAAAAAUAAUUCUUUUUCCCUUUUUUAAUUUUUCUGAAUGAUUUUGGUUACUCCUAUGUCACUUGAUCGCAUUUUGUUCAGAAAUAAUUACAAAUUGUAUUUUAAAAACAGAACAAAGAAGGAAUAAAGCCUUCUUCUACUGCAGACUAAAAUUGUUUUUUAAAUUUGUGUUGAUUUUUUUUAAAGUUUUUUUUAUCAAUUUUGUUUUUUCUGAUUGUUUUAUGUUGUUUUUCAAUUCCUUUCACUUGUGUACUGUACAAUGCUGCACUAGACUGCUGACAAAACUUUUUUUUUAAGUUGUCUAUUAUCAUAAAUAUUUGAUCUGAUACAACUUCAGCAAAACACUUAAAGGACCAGGGCUUUUCAAAGAUUUUCCUGGUAAUGAUCAACAUUUAAAGAGCCAAGGCUGGGGUUAUUGGUUUGAACAAAUACCAUGACAAUGUUUCAAGUUACUUAAAAAUAUUUUAAUAAAACUUCAAUGUAAUCAUUUUAUCAUUCUAUUAGAAUGUUUGAAAAAUAAAUCGUUGAAGAUAAGUGAUUAUAGUAUGAACAUUAUUUUUUUGAAAUUUGUAUUAGUUUUUUGUUCAACAGGUUUGUAAGGACUCUAAUUCUGAAAUAACUCAUUUCCACCAUUUAUCAGUAUUUCUAGACUGUGUUUGCCAUGAUAGAACUGAUAUUUUUUUAUUUGAUUUUCUUAUGGGUUUUGUCUUUGUUUUCUCCUUUUUUGACUAUUUGAACAGAAUAAACAAAUUUGUGUAUGUCAAUAGAUCCAUAAAAUCUUUAUGUAUUAGGCUGUUCUUUUAUUUGAUGUAUAAAAUUGUUGAAUAAAUACUGAUAUUUGAUCGA